CAAAAACAUAUAUGUUAUCUACUGACUACUAUCCUACUAUAAUAGCAUGCAUGAAGUUUGUUGUUAAUGUAAUUACCAUGGCAGCAAUAUAACAACCACAUACAACGUCACGUGGAGUCGCGGAAAACAUACUUUAGGGGGUCAUAGAGUCUAUUAUUCCAACAAAGAAAUGAUAUAAUUUAUUAAUCAUUCCGCUACGAUACAUGGAACACUACUGACGGAAAUAGUAAACGAUAUACUUGUGCAUUGUACCUUCGACGAUUAGUUCAUAAAUAAGUAAUUUAAAAAUUUAAAAUGAAUGUCGCUACACCUGUGAAUUCCGAUAAAUUGCGGUAUAAAAUAAAAGUUAGCGGUCUCCCUAGAUUUUAUUCGUUAUUGGAUCCAUUGCUACAAGAAUUUUUAAAAAUGAUUAAUGAGGAGUUGAGACUAAAUUGCAUACACGCGAGAUACAGUAAAAAGGGUAACGCAUGGCUAUACCUCACAUUUCCAACAGAAUCCGAACAAGCGGUUGCUUUAAGACUAUUAAAAAAAUAUAACUGGAAAGGACGUUCUUUAAUCAGCACAUUAGUUACGGCCGACACGCCUAAAAACAACUUAAAUUUAACAUACGUCGAAGGAAACCAUGUAGCUAAAAGACCAAGACUCGAUAUUCCACUUAGUGAACAAGUUUUGAUGUCUACAAUUCCUUAUCAUAGUAUCGAAUACGAAGAACAAUUGAGAAAAAAAAGCGAAGAAGCGAGAAUAUUGUUUCAACGGUUUGGGACGAUCAUUCAACGGAAACAACCACCGCUCGCGGAAUGGUGCGCGGCGCGCAAACGUCAGCUGAACAGCGAUCUAGCGUUCGAACUGUCGCCGAUAAUACCGUCGAAAAAAGUCGACCGAUAUCGCAACAAAUGCGAGUGGAGCGUGGGAAUUAAUCCCGACAGCGAUUCAGUGGCCGUCGGACUGAGAGUGAAAGAUUCGAUGGACGGAAUCCACUAUGUCGGUCCACCGGAUUGUCUAAGAAAUUUGCCGAUGCCAAUGAUCACGUUAGCGAAGAAAUUCGAAGAUUUUGUGAAAAAUAAUUCUCAAGAUUGGAGAAUAUGGCGCAAUAUGAUAAUUCGUAUGAACGAAGACGGAGAAGUCAUGGUGUCGAUAGUAAUCAAUCAGCAUCUUCUGGACAACGAUCAAUUAUCAAACAUUAAAUGUUCAAUAUCAGAAUGGUCUAAAAAAAACAUAACCGAAAACGUAGUGUCGUUAUAUUUUCAAGUCCAUGGAGAAAAGACCUUGGUUGAUUGUAUCGGUACCACAAUCGAAGCUGAAUUAUUGUGGGGACAAAAGUACAUUGUAGAAAAGCUAUUAAACUUAUCGUUAGAAAUCUCUCCAGCCACAUAUUUUCGUUUGAACAGUUUAGGUGCCGAAGAAUUGUGCAAAGUGGUUGCUGAUCUUGCCGAUGUGAACGAAAAUACUACAGUUUUGGAUUUGUUCUGUGGAUCUGGAUGCUUAGCUCUUACAUUAGCCAAGAAAUGUAAACAAGUCGUGGGCAUCGAGCUAAUUAAAGCAAAUAUAAUGGACGCAAAAAGAAAUGCAGAAAUAAAUGGAAUUGUCAACUGCGAAUUUAUAGCUGGUAGGACGGAAGAUAUUUUGGACUCCGUUCUUAACAAACUGAAAGGGUGUAACGUAACUGUGAUAAUGGAUCCGCCUUUAACUGGAGUCAGUACCGGAUUGGUCAGAACUCUUCGUAAAUUUAAAGAAGCUAUAAAUUUAAUUUACGUUUGUUCUAACCACAAAUUGCCAUUGAAAAAUCUGCUAGAUUUUUCCUCUGUAGUUAGAUAUUGGCAAAAGCCAAUAGAUACCGAUCCAUUUCUUCCACUUCGUAUAGUUCCUAUAGAUAUGUGCCCUCAUACACUUAGGUCAGAACUGGUUUUGCACUUUAAGAGGUUUUGUGUAGAUGACAUAUUGUCAACUAAAAACGAUAGACCGUCGAAAAUCUAUAACAACAGACAAUUUAGGACAAAAUUUAAUCCAAGGACAUCGGAAACAGUUACGUCAAAUAUUCAACCAUCCACAUCCGGAGUGGGUGGAUUGUUGGACUAUCUCAAGAAAAUCGAAGAAAGAGCUUAUCAAGAAGGGUUAGCCAAAGGAUUGGAAAGGAAAGCGUUUCAAAUGGGCUAUUCUAGAGGACUUCAGUGUGCCACCGCGGCUAAUGACGAUGAUAAAUUUAAAAAUAACACUUCUACUAAUUCUGAUCAGUAAUUACCAAACACUAUAAUAGUAUAUAAUAUAUAUUUAUAAUUUUAAAAGUUCCAUACACAUUGUUCAUAAACAAAAUAACCAGUCCUUUACAAUUGUAUUUCUAUGAUAACCUAUACGUUUUAAAUUUUUUCUAGGUAAAAUAUAAAUUAGGUUAUAAAUCGAGGAAAAAUUAUUAUGCUCAAAUGCACAUUAUAUAAUUCACAGCUAUUAAUAUACAUUAUAAUAUAUAUUAUAUAUUAAGUAUACAAUAUAUAUAUAUAUAUAUAAUACAGAGUUUAAAAUAAUUAUUUAAAUUUAAUAAAUAAUCUUAAGUUAAUAUUUUACAAUAGCAUUUUUGUUAUAUUAUAAAUUUGACAUGUAUUAUUAUUUCUUUUUUACUACCUACCUAGUCAAUGUUGUAUACUACAAACAAUAUUACCUAUAUUCACCUAUAUUAUCUACAUUCACAUAAUAUUUUGUAUAUUAUUAAUUAUUAUAAGUUAUACAUUUUAAUGAAGUACAAAAUAAAAUUGAACAUAUUUUAAUUUUCUGUUUACUUACUAUACUUGCAAUAAGUACUAUUAUUUUAAUUUCUAGUAUAAAUAAUAAAUAUACAUUACAUAAAAAAAUA